GAUUCUCCGCUGUCCCAGGUCCUGGAGCACUCCCGCCAGGCCGGUCUCGCUCCCGCCCUGCAGGCCCCUCCCAGGCUGGCCUGGCCCCAGGAAGAGCAAGGCAGGACGCCCCAGACUGGGCGGCCGCGGUCGGGCCUCGCCCCAGACGCUGCGCUCCGGGCCAGGCGUCCGCGGGGGGCCCCGGCGGACUCAGCUCCGUACUGCCCCCGGGGCUACGUCCCCGGAGACUCGGAGGGCGAGGGCUCCGUGCUCACUCCUGCUUGGGUGGCUUCUGUUGGCGCUCCUGCAAGAACAUGGUGCAGAAGUACCAGUCUCCUGUCCGCAUCUACAAGUACCCAUUUGAGCUGGUCAUGGCGGCCUACGAGAAACGCUUCCCCACCUGCCCACAGAUCCCUGUCUUCCUGGGCAGCGAGGUCCUGCGUGAGUCCCGCAGCGCCGACGGGGCCGUGCACGUGGUGGAGCGAAGCUGCAGGCUGCGGGUCGAGGCCCCACGGCUGCUGCGGAAGAUUGCAGGCGUUGAGCAUGUGGUCUUCGUGCAGAGAAACGUGUUGAACUGGAGGGAGAGGACCCUCCUCAUCGAAGCCCACAACGAGACCUUCGCCAGCCGCGUGGUGGUCAAUGAGAGCUGCAGCUACACUGUCCACCCCGAGAAUGAAGAGUGGACUUGUUUCGAGCAGUCUGCCUCGCUUGACAUCCGGUCCUUCUUUGGCUUUGAAAGUGCCUUGGAGAAGAUUGCCAUGAAGCAAUACACAGCCAACGUCAAGAGGGGGAAGGAGGUGAUUGAGCAUUACCUGAACGAGCUCAUCUCCCAGGGCACCUCUCACAUUCCCCGGUGGACGCCUGCCCCCGUCCGAGAGGAGGACGCCCGCUCUCAGGCUGGCCCGAGGGAUCCUGGCUCCCUGGAGGCUGAUGGGCCCGGCAGCGUCCCAGUCCCUGCUACUGAGACAGUCCUUACAGAAGGGGACAAGCUGGAUGCAGAUUACAUUGAGAGGUACCUGGGCCAUCUCACGCCCGUGCAGGAGAGCUGCCUGAUCCAGCUUCGGCACUGGCUGCAGGAGACCCACAAAGGCAAGAUUCCCAAAGAUGAGCACAUUCUCCGGUUCCUGCGGGCUCGUGACUUCCACCUGGACAAGGCCCGGGAGAUGCUGUGCCAGUCCUUGAGCUGGAGAAAGCAGCACCAGGUGGAUCUCCUCCUUCAGACGUGGCGACCCCCUGCCCUCCUGGAGGAAUUCUAUGCAGGGGGCUGGCACUACCAGGACAUAGACGGCCGCCCCCUCUAUAUCCUGCGCCUGGGCCACAUGGACACCAAAGGCUUGAUGAAGGCCGUGGGGGAGGAGGUGCUGCUGAAGCACGUUCUUUCCGUCAACGAGGAAGGACAGAAGAGAUGUGAAGGGAACACAAAGCAGUUUGGCCGUCCCAUCAGCUCCUGGACCUGCCUGGUGGACCUGGAGGGUCUCAACAUGCGUCACCUAUGGCGACCGGGGGUGAAGGCCCUGCUGCGGACGAUUGAGGUGGUGGAGGACAAUUACCCCGAGACCCUGGGCCGGCUGCUCAUCGUGCGAGCCCCUCGUGUCUUCCCUGUGCUCUGGACGCUGAUCAGCCCCUUCAUCAACGAGAACACCAGGCAGAAGUUCCUCAUCUACAGUGGCAGCAAUUACCAGGGCCCCGGAGGCCUCGUAGACUACCUGGAUAAAGAAGUGAUCCCCGACUUCCUCGGGGGAGAGUGUGUGUGUAAUGUCCCUGAAGGAGGGCUGGUCCCCAAGUCCCUGUAUCUGACGGAAGAGGAACAGGAGCACACGGACCAGCUGCGGCAGUGGAGAGAGACCUACCAGUCGGCCAGCGUGCUCCGAGGGGCCCCCCAUGAGGUUGUGGUGGAGAUUCUGGAGGGGGAGUCGGUCAUCACCUGGGACUUUGACAUCCUGAGAGGGGACGUGGUGUUCAGCCUGUACCACAGCAAGCAGAUGCCCAAGCCUGGCCCCCAGGAGCCCGGGGCCAGGGCUGGCGGGAAGCUGACAGACAAAGGCUGGGUCCUAGGUGUGGAUUAUAGCCGUGUGGAAGCCCCUCUUGUCUGCCGGGAAGGGGAGAGCAUCCAGGGCUCCCAUGUGACCCGGUGGCCCGGCAUUUACUUGCUCCAGUGGCAAAUACACAGCCCCCCUGGCAAUGUGGCCUGCAGCCUCCCAGGUGUAGAGGACGUCCUGACGGCCCUGCACAGCCCCGGCCCCAAGUGCAAACUCCUCUACUACUACGAGGUGCUGGCAUCUGAGGACUUCAGGGGCUCCAUGUCCAGCCUGGAAUCCUGCACCAGCGGCUUCUCCCAGCUCAGCGCCACCACCUCCUCCUCUUCUGGCCAGUCCCGCAGCAGCCCCCUGGUCUCCAGAUAGCAGGGACUGAGCCCUGUGGGGCAGCCCUCUUGCCUCCCACGUCUGCAAGUGUCCAUGGGGUCUGGGACCAUGUGGGCUGCAGCCCUGGGUCUGGACACUGACUAAGUUGGGGCAUCUGGAGCCAAUGGCAAUGAUCAGCUCAUGCACUCUCGAUGCAAGGACAGAAUGAUCUCCUUCGGGCUUCAUGUAAGGAAAAGCCAAGGAGUGGGUGGGCCACCUUUGGGUUGGCCUGGUCUGGGAGCUCAGGGAUGUCAUCAGGCUCAGCAUCCCCUCUCCACCUCUGGCUCUGCUUUCCCUGGGGUAGCCUCCUUCUCAGGUGCCCUCCCCAUGCAGGGGACCCCAUCACCAUUAGGCUCCCUCCCUCCUCCCAGCUCAGCUUCGGAAGAAAACCUCUCUCCCUCAAAGUUCCACAUGAGCUCCCAGAAUGGAGUCUAAUCAGCCUGCCAGGGUCCCACACUGGUCCCUGAACCAAUCACAGUUGCCAGGGGAACAGAGAACACUGAUUGGCCAGCAGGGCCCUGUGUCCGAUCUGGACCAGUCACCAUAGGGGGAUGGGGUUUCAGUGAUUGGUCCACCUGGACCACAUGCCUGUUCCCAAAGCCAACCACCUGGCUUGAAAAGCCUAAAGAGUUUGCCUCUAGGAAUAGUGGGGUACCCCACAAGAAGAAGAGGGCAAGAACACCGGGUUGGCAGAAAUGACCGUUUUCACAUCUGAUUCCAUAAUGAUGCCCUGUGUUCCAAGACACGCAUGGUGAGCAAUUAUAUGAGUUACAGCCUCCACUUUCUGUGGGGAGAAGCCCACCUGGACCUGAAAUCCAUUUUUCCAGCACUUGCCUAGGAAGUCAACCUGACCACCACUGACUUGAGGAGGGUGGAGAGGCCCAGGCAAGUGAUGAAGUGGUUCUGGCUGUCUUUAAACUCCUCUGGAGGUCCUGUCCCCCCCGCCCCUUGGAGCUGUUUAAUUAUGACUUUUUUGGUUGUAAGUCACAGAGACCUACAGAGACAGUAACCAGUCAUCAUCACAUGCAAGUGGCCAGUCCAGGAGUCCUUGCUUCAGGUAAGGCUAGAUCCAGGAUCUCUACAUGGCAUCAGGACCCCCCUGUGGGGAGGAGGAGGUUGUGACUUUGUUGUGUCUGCCCUAGAGCAAAUCUUACCCCUGGAACCAGCCUCAAUAAUGACAGAGUUCCUGCAUAGGAAAGUUUUGGGUAUCCUUGGGGCUUGAGGACACUUCUCCUUUCCUUUCCUGGGCUUCCAAAAAGGCAACAAGUCAGAGGUUACUAACUGGCAGCCUGCAGACUGAUCUGACUUUUGUUUUUUGCCUAUAGAGGGAUUUAAAAGUUGGGGCAUUUCACACAGAAAUCAGGCUGUCCUUCUUCCCUUAGGCAUUUGGGACUGUUGGCAAAAUGAACCAUUACUGCCAUGUAAAGGCAAUACAACUGUGCCCCUUCAUAGGGCCACCCCAGUUCUCACCCCUCUAUCAACCUAGUCCAUGUCACUCACUCCCAUUAUCUGCCUGGGAGGGACCUCAUGGAUAUGGCUCCUCAACAGCUGGGGGGCCAAUGUGGGGCCAAAUGGCUCAAUGGUACUCUUCUCUUGUAGCCGUGCUUACAGCUGGGGUCAUAUCUGGUCAACGCCCAGAGUCACUGGGCCUUGCCUGAGGGGUAGGCUUACAACCAUGGGGUUCAUGCUUUCAUGCAGUCUCAGCAUGAUGGAGCAAGGAGAGCAAGGACUUCCUUGCAUACCAACCUCACCCCCAAACCUGGAGCAGAGGGAAGGAGAUACCUUCUAAGAGACAUCCUUCUCCCUGCAGGGAGGGAUUCUCAUCCAUCACCGUUUGCUCCUUAGGUAUAGGAACAAAAUCCGAAACCACAUCCUGCAUGAAGGUGUGUGAGCACAUGAGGGAGAGAGGUAGGGGGAGACUGGAGACAUUCUCAAAGCUAAUAUUCUCAUGUCACCAGGCAUUUAGGUGAGGAAUUUGAGAUCUUUUCACCAGUCUUUCGAUGAGUUUCUAGCCUGUCUCUAAAACCCAGGUGCGCUCUAGAAGCAUUCUGGGGUAAGCUGCCCUAACACUCCCAACACAUUAGUUGUCUAGGACUAGCACCAGGGAAGGAUGAAGAAGCCUUUCCUUGACUUGGGGUUAUACUUGGCUUGACAACUGGAACCUGGAUCUGCUGUGAACAGUCCAGCCUGGACAAAAAGGAUGAGCUUCAGGCCCUCUCAGUUCUCCCCUUGAGAGCACAUUCUUUCUCCCUUGGGAAAACUCCAGCUCAAACUGGCUUACGCAACAAAGGGAAUUCCCUGGGUUCUCUAAUUGGGAUGGCUAAGGGCUUGCUUGCUGCAGGUACGGCUGGAUCCAGGAGUGCAGUGUCCUCAGGCUCAUGCGCUCAUCCUCUCAACCUCACCCAGGCCUCCUGGCUCUGUGUCUCUUCUCACACUGGUCUUAUCCUCUCCUCCACCUGGAGGGAAAGGUGGCUGCCAGCAGCCCCAAGCCUACAACCACAGGGCUCACAAUCUCUAAGGUUGAAAGAAUUCUCCAUCUCAGAUCCCACAGAAGGCUCUGACUGGCCCUGUUUGAGUUGAGCGCUCGCUCCUACAGAUGUACUGGCCGAGGGGCUGUGGGUCCUGUGAUUGCCAUUUCCUCCAGAAGCAACAAUGGGAUAGGAGAGAGCAGAUCACCCCAGGACAAGGGAAGCUCGGACACAGAAGCGGCAGGCAGCCAUGGUGGCAUCUGCUGCAGUCCACCCCCCCGCCUUGCUGGAGGUCUCUGGGGUCCAAGCUGGAGCUUCAUCAAUCAAUAGGUCUUUCCUGCCUUUGGGAGGCAUGAGAUUAAAAAUCCAAGGAAAGGCUGCCAAGUUCCUGGCUUCUGUAUUUCCCUAGACCCCAGGGUUGGAAGCUUCUUGGCUUGGCUUCUUUCUCCCUCUUGCUCAUGAACCUGUUGUGACCAGGACAGAAACAACCCACACACUGUGUUUAGGAGCUUAGGUCUUAAAAUUUAGACGGGGCAGGGUUUAAACCCCAGCCACCUUUUCACUAGCUGUGUAACUUCCAGCAGGUGACUUAACUCCCCUGUGCCUCAGUUUCCUCAUCUGUAAAAUGGGGAUGUGCCUACCUCAUUCACUGGGCUGUCGUGGGACAAGUGAGAGCAGCUGUAGAGUCCACAACCCCAGUGCCCAACACAAAGAAAGCACAUGAUAAAUGUCAGAGGUGAUCCUGAUGAUUUAAGGCUUCUCAACCAAACACUCCAGACUCCUUCCUAAGGAUGCCUGCCUGUCACUGUUUCUCCUGGGACAGAAGGCUCAGCACCACGUACAUAUGGAGGAAAGUGGGUAGCGGGAUAUAAUUUCCCUCUUACUUUCCCAUUUAGAAACUGCUUGCGUUUUCUGAGCAAAUCCACUAAUCUGGAAGAGCAUCAUUCGGAGUGGUAUUUCCCCAAACUAGCUACAGAAUGUUCUUUCUACAGGCUGAAAUACAGGGAUUCUGAGAAUUUUUUUCUCCCACCCUGCACUCUGGAAUUCUUCCUCCUGUAAAACGAAGUGUUCGAUGAGAAUGCUGUAAUUCUGUUCCGCACACUAUUUCAGCCAGUAAAACACGAUGUUCCUUGUUUGCCUGAUCAUUUGCUCCCACCAAAAGCAUUAAACGUUUUAGAUUUGGAUAUACCUCAAUUUGUCUACCUCCUAAAACCCUGGAGGUCUCCCCGGGCUUGUUCAAGAGUGACUCUGCUGUUGUUUAUAAGACUCAAAAGCAUUUUCAGCAGGGGUGGUAUCACCCUCAAGGGGUUGUGAGUUGGUUCUUGGGGGAAAAGAAGCACAUUAAAAAAAUCACAUUUUUAUACAUAAAGCACAGAUAUGCGGGAGUAGUUCUUUAGGGCUGCCGUAACAAAAUCCCACAAACUUGGUAGCUUAGAACAACAGGAACGGAUUCCCUCACAGUUCUGGAGGUCAGAAGUCUGACAUCAAGGUGUUUCCUGACACUAGGGGAGGAUCCUUCCUGCCUCUUGGAGCUUCUGGUGUCUCCCAGAACUCCUUGGCUUGUGGCUGCAUUGCUCCUAUUCUGCCUGCCUUCACAUGGGUUCUUCUGUGUGUGUCUCCUGUCUUGUAAUAACAUCAGUCACUGGAUUUAGGGUCCACUCUAAAUCUAGUAUGAUUUUAGCUUGAGAUCCUUAACUCAUUACAUGUGCAAAGACUACUUUCAAAGACAGUCACAUUCUAAGGUUCUGUGUGUCUGGAUGUUAAUUCUGGGGGGGCGGGGACGGUAUUCACACCACUGCAUAUGCAUAGGGUGCAUAAACAGAUGUAUGCUUAGUUUGUCAGUGGUAUUAAAUGCAGAUCCCCAGGCCCACUCAGCACUGCUGACUGGGAAUCUUGAGGGUGGCUUCCUGGGAUUCUAGUUGCCAGGUAUCCAGGUGAAGGUGAGGGCCCUGCCAUCUAUCUCUCUGGGCCACUCUGCCCUAUUCCCUGGGGUUUGACUUAAGUCCUAAUGUUAUGUCCAAGGACAGCCACAGUCCUGAGGUUGGGGGUCGGGUGGGGGGCCUGUCCAGGGCACCCCUGGUCCUUUAUCGCAAGCUUCCUUGGCACACGGAGCAAGGGUGCUGGCUGCCACACA